AUGAAAUAUUUCUUCGCUCUUGGUGCCAUCGCUUCCUUGUGCCAGUCGGCAUGUGCGCUUGACAAUGGUCCCCACAUCAUCGCGCCGACUAGCAGAGACAAUGUGGUUCUGACUGUGGAAGCCCCCAACGGACCUCUUACCUUCGAACACUUCGAGAAAAAGCCUGGUCAGAUCUGGACCCUGAAUCAAGUUGCUGGCGGCUACUUUGAUGUCCACAACAACUUCGGCCAGUAUAUCAAUUGCCAACAACAGGCUCCCAGGACCUGUUACACCGGCGAUACUCCCCAGAAUUUCCUACCCGAAUUCCAAGGAGGCACCAACUACGAGCUUGUGGAGCAGGGAAGUGGACUGUUCCUGCGCCUUGCCAAUGAUGGAACUUUGCAGUUGGCUGAAUGGGAUCAAAGUAUCGAUGAGCAGUUCAGCUUGAAACGACUUCAAUGA